UUCUGUGUUUGCAACAAUGGGGUCCAGCCAGCUUUUUGUGUUGGGGUUUGUGCUUGCGUGUGUCAGCUUCAGUGCUGCUAGAUUCCUCAGAAUGAGACCACCAAACUACCUGGGAGUUGAAGUUGAGCCAGCAAAAGCAGCGCCUGAGAGAGGGCCCUCCAGGAAGUCUACUCAACAAGCUGCCAUGUUCCGGGCUAAGCAGAUCCAGCCGGUGGUCGACUCGUUGUCCUGGAGGUUUCCAAAAGAUCCAGUGGAUUUGGUGAAGGUGACCCCUGUCAACUUUGAACUGCGGCAACCAGACACUGACAACCGCGUUGCUGUGAGGUGUGGGGAAAGCAAGAUCCAGGUGGAAGUGAGCCAGGACUUGCUUGGCCUUGGCAAGCUGAUAGACCCAGAGGACAUCACACUUGGUGGCUGUUCCCCUACUGAGAUCGACGACUGGGCUCAUGUGCUGGUCUUUGAAUAUGAGCUGCACAACUGUGGCAGCAAACGAGUGAUGACCGAGGAUGACUUCAUUUAUGCCUUUUCACUGAUCUACGACCCCAAAGUGUCUGGCAGGAGUCACAUCACGAGGACCCAGAGUGCCGUCAUUGGGGUGGAGUGCCACUACAUGAGAUGAUGAUCAGCCUGCAAUGACGCCCUUGAGUUCACUGUGUAGACAUUAACUUUGAGUUUAA